CAGGUGUAGAGACUGGAAGUUCUGCAUUUUGCUUCCGGUUUUGCGCAGAGAUUUCUGGGAGUUAAGGGUCGCAAUGGUUCGUGAGUGAGCUUCUGAAGGCACUGCGUCGAACCCCCGCCACAAAGAUGACAACAGCAGCCAGGCCAACUUUUGAACCUGCAAGAGGUGGGAGAGGAAAAGGAGAAGGUGAUUUGAGCCAGCUCUCCAAGCAGUAUUCAAGCAGAGACCUUCCCUCUCAUACAAAGAUAAAGUACAGACAAACCACACAGGAUGCCCCUGAAGAGGUUCGCAACCGUGACUUCAGGAGAGAGUUGGAAGAGAGGGAGAGAGCUGCUGCAAGGGAGAAAAAUAGGGACCGUCCAACCCGAGAACACACAACUUCCUCUUCGGUGUCCAAGAAGCCCCGCUUAGACCAGAUUCCUGCUGCCAACCUUGAUGCUGACGAUCCUCUCACAGAUGAGGAAGAUGAGGAUUUUGAAGAGGAAAGCGAUGACGAUGACACUGCAGCUCUUCUUGCAGAGCUAGAAAAGAUCAAGAAGGAGAGAGCUGAAGAGCAGGCCAGAAAGGAGCAAGAACAAAAAGCAGAGGAAGAGAGAAUUCGCAUGGAAAACAUUCUGAGUGGAAACCCUCUCCUGAAUCUCACGGGCCCGUCCCAGCCUCAGGCCAACUUCAAGGUUAAAAGAAGGUGGGACGAUGAUGUUGUUUUUAAGAACUGUGCAAAGGGUAUAGAUGAUCAAAAGAAAGACAAAAGAUUUGUAAACGAUACGCUGCGAUCUGAAUUUCACAAAAAGUUCAUGGAGAAAUAUAUCAAGUAGUACAGUUUUAUGUGCUUAAUUAAAGACUAAAGUGUCCAGGAUCCAUUUGAUGUUUGGUUUUGUUCUUUCCCAGCUCUGACUUUCUCAAUCCCUUCCCUAAGUGUCGUACUUUACUGGAUAAUGGGUUUAGAAAUGGGUUGAGGGCUGGAGAGAUGGCUUAGCGGUUAAGAGCACCCGACUGCUCUUCCAGAGGUCAUGAGUUCAAUUCCCAGCAACCACAUGGUGGCUCACAACCAUCUGUAAAGAGAUCCGAUGCCCUCUUCUGGUGUAUCUGAAGACAGCUACAGUGUACUCAUAUAUAAUAAAUAAUAAAUCUUUAAAAAAAAAAAAGAAAGAAAUGGGUUGAACCAGGCCUUAGUUUCUUUUUAAUAUGGGGAAAGGGGAAAUCUGCUUGUGAUAAAUAUUUUUAACCUAAAUCAUUGUCCCCAACUUUUUGCUAUAAUUUAUACAGCUUAUAAAAAGUUGCAUAACUCUUUUCAAAAUGAAAAUUAUCUUUGUGUGCUGUGUUUUUAAUACAUUAAGUUUUCUCCUUUA